AUGGUAGGCAAAAUUUCAUGCAUUGUUAUUUUGUGCAUGGUGGUGGUUGCACCCCAUGCAGAGGCAUUGACAUGUGGUCAGGUUACAUCUAGCGUGGCUCCUUGCCUCCCUUAUCUUACGGGCCGUGGCCCUCUAGGAGACUGUUGUGGCGGAAUCAAGGGUCUAUUGGGUGCAGCCAAGACUCCAGCGGAUCGAAAGACAGCAUGUACUUGUCUAAAAUCAGCCGCUAAAGCUAUGAAGGGCAUUGAUGCGGGCAAAGCCGCUGGUCUCCCUACAGCUUGUGGCGUAAACAUUCCUUACAAGAUUAGCCCUUCCACUGACUGCUCUAAGUAUGUUAUUAACCUUCUUUUCUUCUAA